UUAAUGCGGUUACAAGGUUGAGAGCAGAAGUCGCUGAAGAGCGUACAACACUUGUCACCAUCUCACACCAGACCGAACCAGCGACAUUUGCGGGACUCGCACUGUUAGAUAAAAAACAAAAAAAGGUGUCUGCAAAUCGCAUUGCACAACGCAAAGUUUUUUAAAAAAAAAAAAAUUUCCAGUAGUUUUGUUUUUUAAUUUUAUGUUUUAUAUUUUUAUUCUUCUUUUGUUUUCAUUUACAUUAAGCAUUGAAGGAGAGCAUUCAAUGAAAGGUUCUCAUAUUUAGUGUUUUGCUUCUGGAUUCCCUUUUCUGAGUCUUCUUAUGUUAUUGAACCGAGUUUCUAGCUGUUGAAAUUUGGUCAAAAUAGGAUAAAAGUUAACAGCCUUUUUAAUGUAUGUAUUAUAACUUACUUUUCUUGGUUUCUGUUUUAAAUUAAUUUUUGUUGUUUUGUUUACUCUUUCUUCAUUAUUUCUCUAUCAACAUCAUAUUUUCUCUUGUUUUGGUCUGGUUUUGCUUGGUGGGUUGCUUUCUUCCUUUGGUGAGUUUUGCUCUCGUUCAUGGCAAGCAUUAGUGUUCAAGCUGCUACUUCACCCUCACGGGAGAGUGCUAAGGAUUCUGCUGACACAACUGAGAAAACUUCUCAAGAAGAGGUUUCUCCAGUAAAAUAUAAGAAACAAUCUAGUAUGCUUUCUUCCUCUGCUUCUGCUCAUGACUCGAGAUGUUCAGACACGGAGAAGGAGAUACAAGAUUUAUCAUCUCCUACGGGAGUUUUAGAAGCUUGCCUUAAAGGUGCAGAAUCUGAUACAGUUUCUUCCAAAGAUAGCAUCUCAGAGUAUGAAACCCCGUGUCCGAAAGCAAGGGCGUCCACUAACUGGAGAAAAUUCUUCAAGUUAUUGAAAAGGUCUUCAAUUAAGGGCUUAAAUAUAUUCUCUCCUCUUCCAAUGGCAAAGACAGACCGGAAAAAGAGUAGGAGUAUAACAGAAGAAGACCCGGAGAUGACACAUAUAUACAACUAUAAAUCUUCAUUGAAGGAGUUCAACCUCUCUGAGCUCCAAAAUGCAACUAACAAUUUCAGUAAAGAAAAUAUGAUCGGAAAGGGUGGCUAUUCUGAAGUUUACAAGGGUUGUUUGCCAAAUGGAAGACUGGUAGCAGUAAAGAGACUUACUAAAGGAACAGAGCCUGAGAGAACAAGUGGCUUUCUCUGUGAGAUUGGAAUUAUAGCAUAUGUGGACCAUCCAAAUACUGCUAAGUUGAUUGGGUGUGACAGUGAUGGAAUGUAUCUUGUUUUCGAGUUAUCUCCCUUGGGGAGUUUAAGUUCUCUUCUUCAUGGUUCAAAGGAUAAACUAGACUGGAAUAAAAGAUAUAAAAUAGCUCUGGGAACAGCAGAUGGUCUAACAUAUCUUCAUGAGGGUUGCGACAAGCGGAUUAUUCACAGAGACAUCAAGGCAGAAAAUAUUCUGCUUACAGAGGACUUUGAACCUCAGAUAUGUGAUUUUGGGCUUGCAAAGUGGCUACCAGGACAGUGGACUCACCACAAUGUAUCAAAAUUUGAAGGAACAUUUGGCUAUUUCGCUCCUGAGUACUUCAUGCAUGGCAUAGUUGAUGAGAAAACUGAUGUAUAUGCCUUCGGGGUCCUGCUUUUGGAGCUCAUAACUGGACGCCGAGCUGUGGACCAUUUACAGCAAAGUGUUGUAAUUUGGGCAAAACCUUUACUUGAUAACAAUGACAUCAGGGAGCUAGUAGAUCCAUCUCUUGGUAGUAAUUAUGACCAGGAGGAGAUGGAACGUGUUGUUUUGACUGCUUCUUUGUGUGUUGAGCAGUCUCCUAUUCUCCGUCCAAGAAUGAGUCAGGUUGUAGUACUGCUGAGAGGUGAUGAAUCAGCUGCACAGCGUGUGAAAGAGUGUCAAAAAGGCACCCUUCAAAGAACUUACUCUGAAGAGCUCUUAGAUUCACAAGAAUACAACUCAACAAGGAAUCUGAGUGAUCUGAAUCGACUCAAGGAGGUUGCUCUUGGUUCUUGAAACCAAGUAAUCACUACUUGAUAGUAAUCAUAAUAGAGUAUAAUAUGGACUUUUGCAAAGGGGUGUUUGAUAAUCAGAUGGAAAUAAAAUCACCUUGUACUGUUUUCCAUGUCAUUUUGACUUGGACAGCAUAUAUGCAACGGCUUUCCAGUUCCAUGGAUUGAACUUAUUUCCAUCAGAUGCUCAAACAACGUUGUGGUUUUCUGUCACUGUAAAUAUGUAAGGUUUUAGCAGUUCAUGACUCUGUUGGAUAUACAGUUUAAACUCAAUAAAACUAAGCAUCAUCGUUUCUCUA